CACACAUGGUACGGUCCUUCUCUCUCUCGCGGUGGUUGGCGCCGGCUGCUUUGCACAUGGCCGAGUGAGUAAAAUCUCUGGAUUCAUGCAGUGAAAUUUACCAACACCUUUUCACACGCCCAGACUGACAGGAAUCGAUCUCUAAAUGCGAGAUACGGAUAAUAUGGAGGCCGAAAUGGAGUACGACGACGGAGAAGAGCCUUCGUUCAGUGAUCCGGAGGAUUUCGUGGACGAGAGUGAUCAGGAGCUGCUGGGGGAUGUUCUCAGGGAUAAACCUCAGGAGGCAGACGGCAUCGACUCGGUCGUUAAAAUGUCUCAUCUCUGUAGGUACAUGUCAAUCAGUGAUGAGUGGGAAGCUCCUGAGAAGCAGCCCUUUAAAGAUUUUGGGAAUCUGCGUCACUGGCUGGAGGAUCCUGACUGUCGUGAUCAGUACAGCGUAAUCUAUGACUCUGGUGAAAGAACAGGCAUAUUUGCUAAUGAUGUCAAGGAACCUAUUGAAGUAGAGGAGAGAGCGCGCUGGACCGAGACAUACGUGCGCUGGUCUCCAAAAGGCACCUAUCUGGCCACAUUCCAUCAGAGAGGCAUUGCUCUCUGGGGCGGCGAGAAGUUCAAGCAGAUCCAGAGGUUCAGUCAUCAGGGGGUUCAGCUCAUUGAUUUCUCACCUUGUGAGAGAUAUGUUGUAACAUUCAGCCCUCUUAUGGACACUAAAGAUGACCCACAGGCCAUCAUCAUCUGGGAUGUUCUCACAGGACAGAAGAAAAGAGGCUUUCACUGUGAAAGCUCUGCCCACUGGCCAAUUUUCAAGUGGAGUCCAGAUGGGAAGUUCUUUGCCCGAAUGACGCAGGACACACUGAGCAUCUAUGAGACACCAUCAAUGGGUCUUUUGGACAAGAAGAGUUUGAGGAUAAAUGGAAUUAAGGAUUUCUCUUGGUCACCUGGUGAUAAUAUCAUUGCAUUCUGGGUUCCUGAGGAUAAGGACAUCCCAGCAAGAGUAACACUCAUGCAGCUUCCAUCCAGGAAUGAGAUCAGAGUCCGCAACCUGUUUAAUGUUGUGGACUGCAAACUCCACUGGCAGAAAAACGGAGACUAUCUCUGUGUGAAGGUGGACAGGACACCCAAAGGAACACAGGGCGUUGUCACCAACUUUGAGAUCUUCAGAAUGAGAGAGAAGCAGGUACCUGUGGAUGUGGUGGAGAUGAAAGAGAGCAUCAUUGCCUUUGCUUGGGAACCAAAUGGCAGCAAAUUUGCUGUGCUACAUGGUGAAUCUCCCAGAAUCAAUGUAUCAUUCUACCAUGUGAAGAACAAUGGCAAAAUUGACUUAAUAAAAAUGUUUGACAAGCAACAGGCAAAUAGCAUCUUCUGGAGUCCACAGGGGCAGUUUUUGGUGUUGGCUGGGUUGAGGAGCAUGAAUGGAGCUCUUGCUUUUGUGGACACGUCAGACUGCACCAUGAUGAACAUCGCAGAGCAUUACAUGGCCUCGGACGUAGAAUGGGACCCCACUGGACGAUAUGUUGUGACAUCUGUCUCCUGGUGGAGCCACAAGGUGGACAAUGCCUUUUGGCUGUGGACAUUCCAGGGCCGUCUGCUGCAGAAGACCAACAAAGAGCGUUUCUGCCAGCUGCUGUGGAGGCCCCGUCCACCCUCUCUACUGACUCAAGAGCAAAUAAAGCUCAUUAAGAAGGACUUGAAGAAAUACUCCAAGAUCUUUGAGCAGAAAGAUCGUCUCAGUCAGUCCAAGGCAUCAAAGGAACUGGUGGACAAGAGACGUUCCAUGAUGGAGGACUAUCGCAAAUACCGUGAGAGAACCAUUGACAUGUACAACGAGCAGAAACCUCUCCGCCUUGAACUCAGAGGAGGAGUGGACACUGAUGAGCUGGACAGCAAUGUCGAUGACUGGGAGGAAGAGACCAUUGAGUUUUUCAUCAAUGAAGAAAUUAUUCCAAUUGGAGAUCUGUAAUUCCAACAGCAGUAUCCGUUUUUAGUGGAGGAGUGUGGACUAUCAUUGGAGAAAAAAUUGAAGGAUCCCCUAUAAGAGUUUUCCUUGUUAUCAUCAGUACUUAAUACUGGUCACUGCGGAAGGAGAAUUUUGUGCCACUGUUGACUGCUGCUUUUUAACAGAAUCAUCCAGCUCUGGGAGAAUCCGCCCGGCCAACAUCAUUCAGGCCUGCUCUUGGUGGAUCUGAUCGUAAAGCGUUCUUGCCUUUGGUUGAUCUACCUCAUCAUAAGGGUGUUACCAUGGCACAAUAUGCCAAAAACUGUUUUUACAUCAUCUCACAGAAGGAAAACAUUUUGUUUCCUAAGAUUUUCCAAAAGGCGAACUUGUACUCUAGUGUGCGAAAAUGGCACUACAGUGGUCUGUAUCCUCCUCCAUUCAGAUUACCCGAUAUUAAAUGCACAACAAGGGAAUAAAGUUUAACUGAAAUUCAA